GAGUGGCACUUCCGGCCGGCUCUGGAAGCGGGGCUGGGGUCGGGAUCGUAUGGGGUUAUGGCGACGCACGCGGUGGCCAACGAACGGUUGCGCGCGCUGGAGGAGCUGGAGCGCGAGAUCGGCGCCUCGCUGCAGAGCGCAGGCAACGUGAUCCUGGAGCUGUCGAAGGAGAAGGCGAACGAGCGGGCGCUGGAGCGCCAGGCCGCCCAGUUCAGCGCCGCGGUGCAGAAGGUGGAGGCGGAGCUCUCUGCCCAGAUCCGCUAUCUCACCCAGGUGGCGACAGGGCAACCGCACGAGGGCUCGAGUUACUCAGCUGGCAAGGACUGCCAGCUGGCCCUCAACCGUGUGGACUAUGCCCGCCUCAAGCUGGGCGAGCUGGCCCGCACCUGUGAGCAGAUGCUGGAGCCCUGAUGUGGUUCGGCACGCUAUGGACAUGCUCUGGCAUGCCACAGACAUGCUAUGACACACUACAGCCCCAGCGCAGCUUUCUCAGGUGUUGGAGCGCGCAGGAUCGUGUGACCACAGGGGAUUGUGGGGGUGCCAGGACAUGCUGUGACACGCUGCUGCCUGGGAGCAGCUUACUCAGGUCCUGAGGAAGUGAUGACGUAAGGAAUAUGCAAUGUAAACAGUGAUGUAAAGAAUAUGUGGGCCCAGGAACCCAGAAUAUGCUAUGACAUGCCAAGGAUGCUGCCUCCACCAGACUUCAACCAGCACUAUUGGUGGGGGCUGUUGGUCAUGCCUCCCCACCCCACCAGACCUUUUUGUAUAUAUUUGGGGGGGCCCAAAGGAGACACUCCCCACCACUUCUGUAGGUUCCCCCCCAUAUAUAGGCAUAAUAUAGGGCUAUUGAUGAAAAUCCUAAUCAGAUCAUCAUGUGGGGAAGGAGAGAUGUAUGCUGUAUGUACACAGGCGCACACACACACACACACACUUUGCAUGGGAGGGGAACCCCUCCCCUCCAGGUCCUGGAUACCUGGGUUCUCCGUGUCUGUUGGGUGGGAGGAGAUCUUGGGAGUCACUGUACGGGGUGGGGGCAAUGGCUCCUGUGGAAGUCACUGUGAGGGGGGUCAUCUUCUGGGUCUGGGGACCACUGUGUUGGGGCAGGUACCGGCCCCGGUAAUGAAAUACAUGGCCCCA